AUGACUGAGUUCGAAUUGCCUCCUAAAUACACGACCGCUGCCAACGACUUGCGGUCAGACACCUUCACCACGCCUACGCCAGAGAUGAUGCAGGCCGCCCUGGAGGCCUCCAUCGGUGACGCUGUCUACGGUGAGGACGUCGACACCGUGAGACUGGAGCAGACCGUUGCCCGGAUGGCUGCUAAAGAAGCUGGUCUAUUCUGUGUCUCCGGAACUCUGUCCAACCAGAUCGCCAUCAGAACACACUUGACACAACCUCCAUACUCCAUUCUAUGUGACUACAGAGCGCAUGUGUACACCCACGAAGCCGCUGGUCUCGCCAUCUUGUCUCAGGCCAUGGUCGUUCCUGUGAUUCCUUCGAACGGUGACUACUUGACUUUGGAAGACAUCAGGUCGCACUACGUCCCGGACGAUGGUGAUAUCCACGGUGCCCCCACGAGACUGAUCUCUCUGGAAAACACCUUGCACGGUAUUGUCUACCCAUUGGAGGAGCUGGUCCGCAUCAAAGCUUGGUGCAUGGAGAACGGCCUCAAGUUGCACUGUGACGGUGCCAGAAUCUGGAACGCCGCCGCACAAUCCGGUGUCCCGUUGAAGCAAUACGGGGAGAUCUUCGACUCCAUCUCCAUCUGUCUGUCCAAGUCCAUGGGUGCCCCCAUCGGGUCCGUUUUGGUCGGGAACCUCAAGUUCGUCAAGAAGGCCACCCACUUCAGAAAACAGCAGGGUGGUGGUAUCAGACAAUCCGGUAUGAUGGCGAGAAUGGCUCUUGUCAACAUUAACAACGACUGGAAGUCCCAGUUGCUGUACUCGCACUCCCUGGCUCAUGAGUUGGCUCAGUUCUGCAAGGCAAAGGGCAUCCCGCUAGAGUCUCCCGCAGACACCAACUUUGUCUUCAUCAACUUGAAGUCCGCCAGAAUGGACCCAGACGUCCUGGUCAAGAAGGGGUUGAAAUACAACGUCAAACUGAUGGGCGGUAGAGUCUCCUUCCACUACCAAAUCACCAGGGACACCUUGGAAAAAGUUAAGCUGGCCAUCUCCGAGGCCUUCGACUACGCAAAGGAACAUCCUUUCGACUCCAAUGGGCCCACCAAGAUUUACCGUAGUGAAUCCACUGAAGUCGACGUCGAUGGCAACGCCAUCCACGAAAUAAAAACCUACAAGUACUAA